GUAUCCAGACACUAGGAGAAGAGUAUACAGGUACCAUAAGGGUCGAUCAGGAUGGACACAUUCCUUCAAAAAUGGUACAAACUUUAUGGUUAAUUCUUUAUAUAGGUGGUGAACCAUUACUCGAAAGACUACUCAGUUCUUCCAAAAAUAAAAUAUCUAAAUCGACAGCCUUAAGGGAAGAAGCAAAAUCAUUUCUUUUGCGAUGUAUAGAUUUCAUCAAAGAACGAAAAUCAACUGUUGCGAGAAUUCAUCAAUCUAUUUUCUACACCAAUGGCAAAUAUUAUAAUUUAUCAAAUAGGUUAAUGGGUAUACGAUAUGUACUCUUGAGACAAUGGUUGCAAGACGAUACAUUUACGGGAAGUUUCAAUCUGUUAGGUCAUAUAUCAUUAUUUUAUAUUUUAUUUAAUUUUAUACAUCAACUUUUAUUCAAUCAUGAUAGAAAUGUUUCGGAAAAUUUUCCCGUUUCUUCAAGUACAUCCAACAGGACUUGUGUCUUAUGUGCAGAAAAUAUGAAAUCUCCCUGUGCAACAACGUGCGGUCAUGUAUUUUGUUGGACUUGUAUUUAUGAAAGUUUAAGUUACCAGAAAUCUUGCCCUGUAUGUAGGGAAAAUAUUAGCUCCAGUAGAAUUAUAUUUUUACAGAAUUAUACUUGAAUGUUCAGGUAAUAAUAAUAAUGAAAUUAAAUAAUAUACGUAAUAUAAA